CGCGCCUGAGAGUGCUACCAAUUAAAACAACCCUGCGGGGAAGGAAGUACCCAUGGAGUGGUCGAAUCAACAAUCAGGCCUUCCGAAACUGACCUCCAUGUAGCUACGCCAUUCUCAGUGAUCUAUCUUUUCGGAAACCUCGUAAUUAAAUCAGCCAUCCCCCACAUGAGACCGCGACGCGCCUUGGGCCAACUCGACCUCGAGGCGAAUUCUGGACGAAAAGUGCUUUCUUGCACCACGCAACUCAUUUUCUCCCACUUAGCCAAGUAUUGUGUCCGUUGGAUCUAAUUUUCAACAUGGAAGACUACAGAAAGUACCUGGCUCAGCAGAUCUUGACCGAAGACAAAUUGGUCACAUAUCGGCUUUUGAGCCGCGCUUUGAAGGUCCAUGUAAACACUGCCAAGCAAAUGCUAUACGAGUUCCACAAAUGGCAGAAUGAAAAACGACCUGGAACUUUGCAUGCCACCUACCUGGUUUAUGGAACCAAGAGGAAAGGACUUGAUAAAAAUGGCGAUGUUGAAAUGAUGGAGUUCCAGUCGGAGCCAGAAGUUCCCUUCUCCGAGGAAGUGCCAGUUCACACCCUGUACCUGGUGAAGGAGGAGCAGCUUGAGGAUGUUCUGAAGCAAUACGAAGAAGUCACCUCGAUUCACGUUUACAGCUUAGCACCGCAUCCUUUGAAAGAUCUCCAGCUUCUGGCCGACACAGCGCAACAGGUCUUGAAGCUCUCAGCGGAGGAAGAUUCCCCUACGUCUGGCAAGACCUACGGCAUGAUCGCCAAUCCAAAUGUGCGCAAGCGAGAUCGCCGCGGCGCAGUACACAAGACAGCUGCAACUGCACCUGCCGCCAAAAAGGUUGAGUCGAAACCACAGAUCAAGCAGGAAUCCAAGCCUGCUUCCAAAGCCGGCUCGACUGUAGCUUUCAAGGAAGAGUCCAAAGCAGCCACGAAGGAAACGAAGGCUUCGGCAAAUGCUGCCAAGAAAUCUUCGGCCGCGCCGCUCAAGCAACAGGCCUCUUCAGGUGGUAUUGGUCAGAUGUUUGCGAGGGCUGCAGCAAACCCGAAGAAACCGAAGCCCGCCGCUCAAGCCCCCGAGCCUGCGGAAGUACCUAGUCCAGCCUUGUCGGACGAAGGUGAAGAUGAUUCUGAGAUGCCUGACGUAAAGCAAGAGGGUGAUGGACGAAAUGUGAGGAAAGACCGCCAAGCAGCUCUACGUCGCAUGAUGGAAGAAAGCGAUGAGGAUGAGCCCGAAUCCAAGGCCGCGAGUCCGGUUGAAGAACCCAUGGAGGUGGAGUCUCCACCACCAGAACCAGAAUCCAAGGCUGAUGAAGGCCCCGCGGAGGUGGUAUCAAGCACCAGUAAUGGGCGCAAGAGGGGACGCAGGCAAGUUAUCAAGAAGAAGCAAGUUAUGGACGAGCAAGGAUAUCUUGUCACAAUGCAAGAAACGGGGUGGGAAUCGUUCUCAGAAGACGAGGCUUCUACGCCUCCACCGCCGAAGCCAAAGCCACAGGUCGGGAAAGCAGCACCUCCUACGAAGGGCAAGACGGGCGGAAAAGGGGCUGGACAAGGGAAUAUCAUGUCAUUCUUUUCGAAGAAGUAAGCAGUGUAGAUAUGGUGUUGGAGCAAGUUACCAUUGGGAAGUGAAGUGAUACCGGGCGUAUUUGCAUGACAUUUGUCACAACCAUGUUGACGAUGAGAAAGUGAUUCCGUCAUGGGUUCUGCGAACUGAGAAUGCUGCUAGAAAGACAAAAGCACUCGCAAGCUGAUGAGACACACCACCUAGAAUACAUAAUUUCGUUUGGA